GCUGCUUUGCAAGGGGCGAGGAGGGAACGUCUAUCGUACGCAGCCUUACUCUUACUGCGCAAAGAAGUUUCCACGACUCAAACCCAUGACCUUUUAGUCACAAAUAAACCACCUUUCCUUAGAACCAAUGAAUGAAUAUGCAAGUUUGUGUAUUUGCCUAUUUCUUGAUGGAUUUGAAGUGGACAUUGUUGAAGUUUAGUUUUCACUUUUCAGGUCCAAAGAAUGAUUCCCAAAACCAGUUUUCAUGGCUAAAAAUCGUGGAGCAUUGAACUAGAGGAGGAAACCUUCCUGUAACGGGGAUGCCAAUAUGGCGCUAUCCUCAACUGACCAAGCGUUGCCAUGUGAAACAGUUUAAACACUAAUGUGGUUACUUGGCUUAAUAAGAUAGCACUACAAUGUCAUUCCAGUUGUUUGUAAGUUCUUCUCGAACUUCCUGCCUAGAAAACCGUUUGAACUAAGAAGUCAUAUAGGCAGCUCCACCCCCUCUUUGUAGGGUUUAGACUUUUAGACCUAAGUUGAUUUUGGUAGUUUUGGCCCCUACCCAAAUCUUUUUCCUUGAUAAAUUGAUCAACUUUAGUGAUAUUUGUCUUUUAGCCUAUUGCACUCAUGUGAAUGCAAAAAAAUUAUAAAAUAGUCAGUUUAGAGUGGAGAUGGUUAGCGUCAGAUUUGUUAUUCAACUCAUAUGGUAAGAGUCUUUGAAAAUUCAUGGGAAGCAUGAGGAAUCCGAUUCCAUUCAGCCACAACCAGUACAAAUUAUCUCUAAAUUUUUGUUAUUGGAGAAUAAUCUUUCCCACUCAGCCUUGCACUAGGGCUUCGUGUUUAAGCUUCUAACUUCUACUCUUUGAAAGAGCAUCCACAGGGGACAUUUUCACCUUUUUAAGCUUCAUAAGAGAUCCAAGUUAGAGAACAGAAGGUGGUUUCUCCCGACUCUCCUAAGUUGGUAUCAUAAAAUGGAACUUGGAGCAACGUGGAGGACGAGCAGGUUUUCAUCAUACGAGAAGCUGGUGGCGAUAGGGUUGGCCCUUCUAGCCGUGCUUUCUCCUCUCUACAUCGACCGCAGAACUACAGAUGAUUCAGAGCUUGAUUCGGAGGAGCCUAUCAGCUUCGCUUCUUGGCUGCCUUUGCUGCUCUUGGUGUUGAUCUUGGCCAUCGCUUUGUCACUUUUCUUAGACAGAAGCUUUUCCAGGUUUGAUCCCUAUUGGAUUCACAGAGUUGGCGGUUCUUCGAGUGGUAUAACAAUAAUCCUCAUGGUUCUGGCUUUGGUUUUGAAGUGUAAAUCUUCCAUUAGGAACUGGGACGCUUAAGCUCAAAUCUUUUGCAGUACUUUCUCGUUUUACUGUGUAAUUUGCUCUACGUUAUGCGGAACAGAGUUCAUGCAUAAAUAAAUAAGAGUUAGCAGCUUCUUCUCUGCA